AUGUUUCGGUCACUGCUUGCACCAUGGCAAAGUCACGAAGACCUCGCGCCCACUUUGCCUGCAAUUAACAUCACUGGCGGCGAAGCCUCAGAUCCCAGCAACGGUGGUGAACGUGCGGCAAGACGGAUGCGAGAUAUGGUAGAGGACUUGAAAGUAACAGAGACAGUAGUCGCGAAGACGACUCUCCUGCAACGAAUUGCUACUCUCGUUCGUGAAGUACCCGAAACGAAAGACGCGUUUCGCAGUUCAGACGGGUUUCUCUUACUAGUUCACGUGCUCUCUACACUCUCGACGACGAUCGGACGACGAGGAUCCCAAUCGACGCGUGAUGUUGCGGCUUGUAUCAAGUCAGUUUUUACGUUGGCAUCCGAGGCUUUGAAGGAACAUGCAGUGAAUCUUGAGUUCUUCGAGGAAUUCAUUGGUUACGCUUCGCUUUCUGAUGCUGUGGACCCGCUGGUCUGUAAUGCGCUGACUGCGGAUGCGACACUCGGGUGCUUGCUAGCUCUUUCAUUUGGUGAUGUCUUUCUUGUGGAAUUUUUCAGCUCGUUACGAACAAAAUUGCCUGAGACCGAAGCGAUGCACAUCCACUUCCUGGAAUUUGCACCCGGUCUAGCCAGUAUCAGCCUUCCCGGAGCAUUCAAUGUUCUUUGGAGCUUCAUUCUGCGAACCAUGAACACGGACCGCGCCUUGAGGCUCAUCGUUUACCGGCUUCUAGAGCAUCUGACACAUAGCACGCAUAGAAAUCUCGCCGUCCUAAGCAUGCAAAAUAUCUUGCCGCAUCUUUUCAAAUCGUGGAAGGCUAAUACGAGUAGCGCCGGAGAUGACGAUAAGGAGCACCGUAUCCUAGCAAAGAUCCUUCGCCGUCUUUUCGAAAUGGGUGCUAGUACCCAAAACUCCAGAGAUUUGCUGCAGUGCACUGCGAAGCAAGAUGGAGCUGUAGAUGCAGAUAUGCUCGAACUUCUACGCUCAAGUGCAAAGUCGAGGUGGCCACAGCACUUCUCACUUGAUGGCUCUUCUGCACUCGCAAUGCCGUCUACAGAAAUGAAGACUCUUCCUGCCCAUGGCUUUACAUUCAUGGCCUGGAUUUGGUUCGAAAGGAUGCCAUCAGGGCCACACAAGUUGCUCAGCAUAUCUUUUGGGUCCAGUGAAGCCGUGGCUCUCUCUGUCGGUAGUAACGGGGUAUUAGCCUUGCGAUCACGUGCCGUUCAAAAAGUUGAAAUGCUUCCAAAGUCGAAAUUGACAACUUCUCGAUGGACUCACGUCACCCUUGUGCAUCAUAACCAUAGAUCGUCGCAUCCUUCCGUCUGCUUGUUCGUUGAUGGCAUUCUAAGUGACUCAUUGCAAUGGGCAUAUCCGAAGUUCCAUAAUAUGUCGCCCGCAACUUUCAUGGUAGGAGAUGACGUUGCCACAGUUGAAUCUAGCUGGUGCGUGGCUUCUGCCUACCUGCUUUCGGUCGCUCUCGAUGAUGACUUUCCGAGAUUUAUACACCACCUGGGCCCCCGAUAUUCUGAUUCAUUCCAAGAUCAGAGUCUCAUCAGGUUCCUGACGUACGAAGCGUCGACUUCGCUCAGCAUGCAUAUCACAACUCAAGGUGCAUCACUACCUGAGAAUUCGCAGCUCAAGAAGGUUAUUCGCGGAGAUUCGAUUAUUAGCGAUUCAUCGAUUAUAUUUCGUGUCGUCCCACAACCGCACGAUAAAAAGGACCAAAUUGUAACUCGAGGCGAUGUAUUUACAAUAUGCUGUCAGACGAUGGACCUUGCGGUGUGGAAAAUUGGCGGGGCGGCUCUAUUGCUGCGCCUAGUAGCACUUGCUCAAACGCCGCAUGAACUUUCCAGAGCAUUGAGCGUCUUUUCUGACUGUCUUCGCAACAGUUGGCAAAACUCUGAUGACAUGGAAAGGUUACACGGUUAUGAUGUUCUUGCAAGCACGCUUAGAGCUCGAAGUCAUCUCAUAAACAUGACCAGCUUUGAAAUAUUGUUUGAAUUCCUUGGUCUAAAUUUCCGUUCUCCUGAUUUAUCCACUGUUGUCAACACCAUCGCAUACAGAGCCGUGGCACUCGACUUUGAGCUGUGGUCAAAAACCAGUGCCGACAUCCAACGGGCUCAUCUCGAGCAUUUCGCCUUCCUGUUGCGUGCCAGUCGAUAUAGACAGUUCACCAUCAAGAUGCGAUUGUCGAAACUAAGCAUCGUGCGCAAGUUAUUAUUCGCCAUUCAGUCAGCCUGGUACCCGCAAGAAUCUAUAUCACUUGUCGUCAACACGCUGGUGCUUGUUGCACAAUCAUCAUUUACAGCGGAGGAAGCGAUCAAACCAAUUGUUUCAUACAUAGCUGCCACCCUUGCUGAAGCCGAGCAAGUCCUUGAAGCCCUUGUUUCCAUGAUGCGCAUCCCUUCGCUUCACUCUAAGCUUGCUGGUACACUUCCUAUGCCACGCAUUUGUUUACUGUUGCUUGGGAGCCAACCUUCCGCACAUACUGCCUGCCAAGUGCUUGGCAUGCUUGGCCUCAGCCUGAAAGCCUCAUUGUCAUCUGGCAAAAACUUCGACUCGGCCGGUGGUUGGGGCAUUCUCAAAACUGUGUUACCUCGAGUCUGGGAUCGCAGUGUACAUGAUGCAGCCUUAGACAUCCUGCCUGGGCGCCCUGGAGAUAGAUCCAGUGAUGACUCAGGAUCCCCUCAAAUGUUGUCCGACUUUCAAUCGGGAACAACAAUGCUGAAUCCGAUGAAGGUGGGCUAUCUGUCUACUGCCUUGAUAUUCCGUUUAAUCUUUCGUGCAGCUCCUUCAAAAGAUGCUAUCAUCUGGAUUCUCGAUGACUUAACAAAGCUGCACGAGUCAAGUUCACCGUUCCGCCGCGUCUUCAGGUCCCAGAGCACUGCUCAGCUACUUCUUGAUGGCCUCAAUAUAUUCUCUACCAUGAGGCAGCCUGCCGGGGUCCUGGAUGCCAAAAUAUCCGUCAAGCUAACGCACUUCGGAUUACUUGUAGCGAUGGGCAAGCACAUAUCUACGUCUCAAAAACAACAGAUUCUUGGUAUCGUUCGCCCUGGCGCUCAGUCAAAAGGACGACCUGAUUUUGCAGACACUUCUGGGUCACAACUCAGUCUUGCUCAGGCAGACACGGUCCGUAAAGCAUCUGCACAUCUUGAAGAAUGGCGAAAGACGAUUCUUGUUUCGGAGCGCAAACACUUCAGACAGACUCUAUUAGACUUGCAGGAAAGGCGACGUAGAGCCGCAUCUUUUGAAGAAAGUGUGUCUGCGUCAACGACCGAACGUGAUAUUUGGCCCCAUUUAGCUCGGAAACGCGUAUGGAAAUUGGACGAGACUGAAGGACCGCAUAGAGUCAGGAUAAAGAUGGAGAACCUCCUGGAAAUGCUUGUGCAGGAUUCGAGGUCUGCUAGUCACGAGGAAGCUUCGUCAGCUUUCGAUUCAGAGUUAUUGUCGCCAUCCCAGUCAGAACUUACUUCUCCGAAUACAGUGGUUGUUCCAUCUUGGACAGGCGAAGACGGCGAUCAUCAGCUCGCUGAAGACAUAACCGAGGACAAACUGAGGAGAGUGAGGCAUCAACUCGAGCCUGGGGAUGUCAUUGAAGCUGUUAGCACUGUCUGCCGAAUAGCCGGCGUCGAUUCUUUUCUUGGCAUGUUGAUCUUCGGGCGUACCCACCUGUACAUGUUGGAAGGCCUCGUAGAGAAUAGUGAGGGCGAAGUUAUUGACGCAGCUAAUGCGCCGGAAGGAUUGUUCCUUAUAUCCGGAAGUGCCGCGGACGUUCGGAACUCGCAACGGGCUCAACGAUGGUACAUAGAGAACAUUUUUCUGUCAUUAGAGCAAGUAUCAGGCUUCUCUGACAGGAUGUUCCUUUUCCAGGACGUAGGGGUCGAGAUCUUUUUCAAAGAUAGCCGCACACUGCUGGUUAUUUUCCUUGAUGGGACACGUCGCCAAGCGGCUUCCCAGAUGCUCUCGUCGAUAGCCUUGAAAAUGAGGACGUUCGAACCCAGCCUAACACCUGGAUCUAUUAUACCCAAAUCGCUUUUGAAAAGUAGAUCAUCCACUAGCGCAGUAGAGAAGGAACUCCAAUCAGCGCAACGGCGGUGGCAGAAUAGAGAGCUAAGCAAUUUUGGUUAUUUGAGUAUUCUUAACCAACUGUCGGGACGUACCCCAAACGAUGCAACUCAAUACCCCGUUUUUCCUUGGGUUCUUAAUGAUUAUGUUUCAGAGGUGCUGGAUCUGUCAUCUCCUAAUGUGUUCAGAGACCUCACGAAGCCUAUGGGGGCUUUGACGGUCGAGCGUCGUGAGGAUGCGGAAGCUCGCUAUGCUAACCUGGGCAGUGUUGAUGAAGAGCCAUUCCACUACGGAACACACUUCAGCUCGUCGAUGAUCGUUUGCCACUUCAAUAUUCGCAUGCAGCCGUUUACCAGUAUGUUCAAGACGCUCCAGGGAGGAGACUGGGAUUUGCCCGAUAGGCUUUUCAGUGAUAUCAGGAAAGCAUAUUCCUUGGCAUCGCAUGAUAUCCGUGGGGAUGUGCGUGAAUUAAUACCCGAAUUCUUUACUUGUCCAGAAUUCCUCGAGAAUUCAUCAAAUCUCGACUUCGGUAUCUCUCAAACUACCGGAGAACGAAUUCACAAUGUUAAACUGCCUGCGUGGGCGAAAGGAGACCCGCUCCUGUUCAUCGUAAUGCAUCGCCGUGUUCUUGAGAGCCACUACGUCAGCGAGAAUCUUCCUGCUUGGAUAGAUCUCAUAUGGGGAUGCAAACAACGAGACGUGGAUUCUGCGAACGUUUUUCACCCUCUCAGUUACGAAGGCGCAAUUGAUCUGGACAUGAUCACCAGCGAUCUGGAGCGACAAGCUACUGUUGGAAUCAUCCACAAUUUCGGGCAGACUCCCAAGGAGCUCUUUAUUUCGCCACAUCCACCUCGAAAUCUUGAAGGGUUCCUGAGUCUCCCUGUCACGAUAACCCGUGGUGUCCCUGAGGACGCACUUGCCUUAGUAAGAGAUCCGGAGCCUUUCAAGGGCAAUGCUGUGUCGAAUAUCUCUGCCGACCUGUUUGAUGGGAAAUAUGGCGGUGUGCGUCCGUUGCCUCGUGGAGCGAUCGGCCUCCCUUCGAUUGGUCAUGAACAAAUCGAAUGGGAUCAGGACUCAAGUGAUCGCUCACUGCGAUUGGUAUCCCACGGAAAAUCCUCUCAGGUUACACAAGUUAUUGAACAAGCAGCACUCGCAUGUGCUGCCUUCGCGGACCAGGACACUCUAGUCACGGGUUCUGGUGAUAAUAUUGUGCGUGUUUGGCGCGUCAACCAAGGUCAAGUGGCGCCUUCGGGCUUUGUUGGAGCUUCGGGACGGUCUCGCAGGCAUGCAUCUUCAACGCUGUCGAUGACACAUCUCCUCAGAGGACACACUCAACGUGUGGUGUGUAUUGCAACAUCGCGUACAUGGUCCGUUAUUGUUAGUGGCAGCGAGGACGGGAGUGCCAUCGUUUGGGACCUGAACAGAGGGUCUUACCGACAUUCAAUUUGGCACGGCAAUGAAAUCCUAGGCGCAGAAGUGUAUCUAUCUGCCAUCAACGAGUCUACGGGAUACAUCGCUACUUGUUCCGUUUCCCACUUAAUGUUGCACACAAUCAACGCGAGACCAAUUGCCAGACUCGACACUGUGCGCGCGCCAAUCACGUCUCUGGCGUUCCAUGAACGUGAAUAUUCGCAUUUGGAUAUCCUUGCCACGGGUCACGACGAUGGUUCCAUCACGCUAUGGACAUGGAACGCAGAUGGGACUCCAGCUGGAAUGCAAGCGCAAUGGGAGUUUGUUGAAGUUCGUCGGAUGAAUUCUGGAGAGGGGGUAUCUGAUAUUGCUUUAGGAUCUGUCACUGCGCUCAAGUUUAUUGGUGAACGCCUUUGCGCUGGUUAUGCUUCUGGAUUGACCUAUAUGUGGACCAUUCCUACUUAA